GGGAAGAAGCUAUGGAACAUGGUGAGGAUAACUUUCUACUUUGUGAAGAAAGGGAUGUCAAAGAGGAACAAGCUAAUGCUCGACCUCAAGGUCGCCCUCACCCUUACCCUGAAGCGCGGCAAACACGCCGGAAAAGCUCUGGCCCACCUCGUCCACCACCACCACCGCCACCUGGGCGCUGCUCUCACCUGCAGGUCAGACGACUCAGUCCAAGUCAUCCGACCGCAGUACUACGAGUUCAGCUGUAGCAACACCCCGCGUGGGUCCAUGUUCAACAAACUCAUGGGCCACCACCGCGGGCACUACAGUCUCGUGGGUAGGACCCACGAGGACGAGGUGGAGGACUAUAAUACUAACAAUGUUUUACGGAGGGCUUUGGAGAUAAUGAAUGAAGGCGGGCCCGUCACAUCACCGUUGGUGGCUGCGCCGGUGAGGCAGUUGCGGGUGACGGAUUCGCCCUUCUUGAUGGAUUCGCCGGAGAAUUCGGAUGAUCAUGAGGUUGAUGUGGAAGCUGAAGAGUUCAUCAAAAAAUUCUAUAGAGAUUUGAGCGAAGAAAAAGAGUUUGCAGCCACUCUUGAUUCUCCAUCCCCAUUCCAAUUUGUUACAUGGGAUAAAUGAGUCAGACGGAUUAAACAAAACCAAAAAAAAAAAAUCGCUUCCAUGGCG